ACGCGGCGGCGGGAGCAUGUGCUGCGCUCUUGCGGAAGAGCGCCACACUCCGAGCGGGGCCGGGUGACGCCACGAUUUUUCCUCCCCCCCCACGAACAAUAACCGACAUCGACCGAAUUUUUAUUUUUAUUUUUUGUUGAAAGUUUUUCGUUUCCCGCGCUCGAUGUAGAAACGUUUAUUCCUCGUCUUUGGGUCGCUCUCCGAUGCUCAAGAGUGUCUGUUGCCGUGACUCGGCGGCAUUCCGAGUAAUCACGCUGACUCAGCCGGUGAGCUAACGCGUGUUCGGGCGUUUUGGCGAAUAACUGCUGUCACGUGACUUCGACUGAGGUGACGUCCGCUCGAAAAAAAAAAACUCCGGAAGCCUAACAAUGGAUUACGGAUUCCUGAAGUGUCUUCAAAUUGCCGGCCACUAGUUUGGAUGCUCGUCUGAAGGAGUAGCACCUCAUCUAGAAAGACACCGGAUACUUGUUGCCCAUGAAGUACAGAAAAUAACGCGGGAUGCGCUGGUUCAGGAAGACGUGCGACUCGCCGCGGCUGCUGAGCCUGUCGCCGCUGCGCUACUCGGCGGCGGGCGAGGGAGGCGGCGGGGCGGGGCCGGGGGCCGCCCCCGACCCCGGCUGCUACAUCCAGCCGCAGGAGCACUUCUCCCGGUCCGACAUGUCCCCGGUGAGGUGGCGGCGCGGCGAGGCCUACGCCCUCCGGGACGAGCGCCCGCUGAUGUCCCCGCGCCGCGCCCGGCGCCCCGCCUCGCCCCCGGCGGCGGCGGCGGCGGCAGCGUCGCGCGAGAAGCGCAACCCCCUGCUGGACCGCGUCAAAAACACCCGCCUCUCGUGCUUCCGCUCGCCGGCUCCGGCGCGGGCCGACGACGGGGCGGGCUCCCGGGGCGAAGUCCACGACGACGCCGAGGAGCUGUUGGGCCGCGAGUUGGAGCCGACCUCGCCGCCGCGACAGCGCGGGCGCUUCCAGCCCUCCGACUCCAACGAGAACGUCGUGUACUUCAGCCCCGACGACGACGACGACGACGGGGACCCCGCGACGCCGCCCGCCGUCGACAUCGGCGACCCCGCGGGGUCGGGCAGGUCCCGGUGGAGGCAGCGCGCAACCAGGGACUCGUCCUGCCUGUCGGCGAAGCUGCGCGCCAUGUCGGAGCGCUACCUGAGGUCGUCGACGAGCCGGUUCCUGGCGAAGCUGUACCGGCAGGCGGGCGCCGACCCGGGGGACGCCAGGCGCCGCGGCAAGACGACCCCGGCGGCGGCGGCGGCGACGACGACGACGACGGCGCGAGCCAAGCUGCGCAGCUUCUCGUACGGCGCGCUGCCGGGCGUGGCCGAGUUCCAGCGGCGCCACAACCCGCUCUACCGCGAGGACGACGACGACGACGACUACGAGGAGGAGGCGGCGGAGGGCGAGCAGGACUGCGACAGCGGCAUCAUCGUCAACGGCUCGGCCAACUCGUCGGUGCUGGAGGCGGCGUCGGCGUCGCCGCCGCAGGCCUGCCGGGACUUCGCGCACGCGCGCAGCGCGUCCCAGGAGCAGCGGCGCGUCGUGUCCAUGUGCACGCAGACGGAGGCGCGGCGGAGGUCGUCCUGCGCCGAGCCGCCGCCCCCGCCGCCCCCGCCGCCCCCGGGCGAGGCGCCGGCGCCGCGGCGCGAGCUGAAGGUGGUGCGGCUGUGGCGCGACGACGCGGCCGAGGAGCUGGGCGUGUUCAUCGCCAAGACGGCGGCCGGCGGCGAGGGCGCCUGCGGCUACGUGGUGGCGCACGUGGUCCCGGGGGGCGUGGCCGACAGGGACGGCACGCUGAGGGUCGGCGACGAGAUCGUGAACGUGAACGGCCGCCGGCUGCGCGGCCUCACGAUGGGCGGCGCGCGCGAGGCGCUGGGCGCCGGCCGCCACGAGGUGGACCUGGUGAUCGCGCGCCGCCCCCGGGGCCCUCCCCCCGCCGCCAUGCCCGAGAGCUCCGUGGACUACGAGAACGUGGUCCUGCUGCCGCCACCGCCGGCGCAGCGGGCGGACUCGUCGUGCGGCAGCAGCAGCGUGUCAUCCUCGUGCAGCGGGCAGCCAGACUCGCUGGAGGACCGGCGGCCCCGGCUCGGCUCGGACCGCGACGAGGUGUUCGCCGGCGCGACCCCGCGCUGCGUCCGGCGGCGCCAGCACUUCCAGAAGAACCGCCGCUGCGUGGUGAGCUGCUCCGAGGACCCGGCCCGGGGCAGGAUCGCCUCGACCACCUCCGCGGCCUCUUCGACGACGCCCGGGCCGGAGGCAACCCCUACGUCCACCACCUUCUGCACGCUGCCCCGCCGGCCGCGCUCCACCGUCUGCAGCUUCCACACAGUGAUCUUCGAGAAGGGCCCCGGCAGGAAGGGGCUGGGGUUCACCAUCGUGGGCGGCAGCGACUCACCCCGCGGCGCGCUCGGCAUCUUCGUCAAGAGCAUCCUGCCCAGCGGCCAGGCCGCCGACGACGGCCGGCUGCGAGCAGGAGACGAGGUGCUGGCGGUGAACGGCCAGGUCUGCCACGACCUGAGGCACGCAGAGGCUGUGGCUCUCUUCAAGAAGAUCAAGUCUGGACCAGUGGCCUUGCACGUUUGUCGCCGUGUCCGCACCAGAGAUGCAUCGGCCAAAGCGAAGUCGUGCACAGACCUGAUCCACGCGGCAGAUGCAGAGCAGUGACAUCGAUGCUACGAACGAAGAAACUACGUACGAAUGUGCAGCCGAUUUGAGAAGAGAUGUGCGUACCGUCGAACCAAAGAAACAACAUUGUGUCCCCGUGUGGCGCGGUGGGGGAACAUUCUCUAACGUGCUAUUAGGGGUUGCGGGAGAGAUAUUUCUCACAGACCUUCAAGUAAAAUGUUCAUAAGCUAGGCAGCUAGAAAUAAUUCACAAUAAUGUUGUGGAUUCUGAGUAGAAAAGUUUACCCUGCUGAUGUAUCUCUACGUCCUGAAAGUGUGCUGAUCAGUGAAGCAUAAAGCCUGUGCAAUUUGGAUUGUACAGUUAAGUUAUGCUGUUUUUUUUUUUCAAAAGACAUUAGUAAUUAAAAAUUUAGAAACAUUCACUGGUUAUGGACCACACACUUGUUACUGUUAACAUUAUGAGUAAUUUAAUUGUGUGUUAAAUUAUUGUUCUACGUAAUCAGCUUGUGAAUGUGAAUUAGUGUUAUAAUUGUAUGAAAAUAUUUUAUUACCAGUUACCAUCAUAAACGAAACUGCUUAUUUCAAAUGCAUUAUUUUUGUUUUCCUUCUUACAGCUCUUAUUUGAAAUUUGAUGAACUAAUUUUUUAUUUUAUUUUUUAAUUCUCUUAGUAAUUUAUGGGAAUUCAUCAAUAAAUUUACUUGACCUAAAUGUCUGAGUGAGAAACUGACUUUGUAAAUAAAUAUUUUUUUAAAAU